AUAUGUCUGAUAUGGUUUAAACAUUUUCAAUUCAUUCAAAUAAGCAUCGGAGGUUGACAUAAUGUAAUUAACUUAGUACCUAGAAAUAGCAGAAGGGAUUAUUGAUGAAGGGAGUCACAAUUCGUAAUAAUAUGAAUCUUAAGUUAUGGUUAAAUGAAGUAAUGAACAGGAAGGAGAUUGACUUGAAAUUGGGGAAAUUAAAUAUAGAUUCUCAAAGACAUGAUAAAUAGUUGAAAUAUCAGAAUGAUGUUAUAUUGCCUAGUAUAUUUCGGGAUGUGGAGGACAGUCAAAUGUUUCCCAUGAUUUGUUUUCAAAAAAGUACAGAUUAUUAAUUUUAAAAGGAACCUGCAGAUAAUUGAUGAGAGAAAGUAAAAUUAUGAUAAUACUUUAGUCAGAUUUGAAGAAAAUGUGACGUCAUUGUUACCAAGUGAUAAAAGGAAUUCUAUCUUAUACGGUUUACUAAGAGAAUUGAUGUAUGAAAUAGAGUUUCGAGAAUAAAAUAUAUUGAUAUGCCAACACAGGAUUACUAAAGUGUUUUACAUUUACUUCACAGAUUGUUUGGUCUGUCCAAUAUCCAAGUGUUGUUAUACAUCUGUGGUUUUUGUAAUGGGAUAGAUAUUUGGAGGUUAAAUAAGAUGCAAUAAUGAGAACUGUCCAAUCCAGAUUCUAGUGACCUUUGAUAUACAAGAAGAACUCUUAUGGAAAAAAAACAAGGUUGAUUUAAGUAAUAGGUUUUCCAAAUAUAUAAUAAGUGGGAAAUUCAGAACUAACAGUUUAAAAACUUCAAUUCAGCCCACAGAUGUCUCAAAGUCCAAUCAACAAUACAAUCUUAAUAUGAAUAGUCAAAUUAGUCAAACCGAAAGAGUUCAAAGCAAAGUAAAUCUAUCUCAAUUAAGUAAUUACGAAAAAUAAAGAAGAUAAAAGUAAAGUUUAAAUAAGAAUGCAUAUUACAGUGACUAUUAAAAUUUAUGUUUAAAAUGA